AUGGAUGGAGUAAUGCAAGAACUGGAAGAACAUGAGAGGGUGAUAAUGGGGGCAGAUUUGAAUGGCCAUGUCGGAAGUGAAAAUGGGGCGGUUGGUCGGGUGCAUGGGGGCCAUGGAAUUGGGGAGAGAAACCCAGAAGGAGAGAGUGUAGUGGACUUUGCUGUGUCAUUCGACAUGGCAAUAGUAAACACAUUCGUUAAGAAGAAAAGGGAACACCUAAUAACAUAUAGGAGAGUGGGAAGAUGCUCCCAGACAGAGCUGGUGGCGGUCAAGAACUGCAAAGUUAUUCCAGGCGACCAUGUAGCCCCCCAACAGAGGCUGCUAUGUAUGGAUUUGAAGUUAAAAAAGGAAAGAAAAAACAAAGCUAGAGGGAUAAGGAAAGUUAAAUGGUACAAAUUAGAGAAGGAAGGGGAUAAGAAGAGAGAGUUUAAGUGGAGGGUUUUGGGGGAUAUGGAUAUAGGAAUUGAAGAUGUUCAAGAAUGGUGGGCACGAAAUGUAGCAGUAAUAAGAAGGCAUGGAAAGAAGCUGCCAGGAGAGACAUCAGUAUCAUAUGGGAAGAAAAGGAGAGUUGGUAGUGGGAUGAAGACAUUGAGAAAGUAG